UUGCUUAAAAGUUUGUUUUCUUUUUGUUAAAAGAAAGUUAUAACAUAUACAACGAUGGGUUUUCGUUUACCUGGUAUCAUUAGAAGGUCAUCAUCAUUUUCUGCAAACCGGACAGUUUCAAAAGUAGUGGACGUGCCAAAGGGAUAUCUUGCAGUGUAUGUGGGAGAGAAACAAAAGAGAUUUGUGAUCCCCGUAUCAUACUUGAACCAACCAUUGUUUCAAGACUUAUUGAGUCAAGCUGAGGAAGAGUUUGGAUAUGAUCAUCCGAUGGGUGGCCUCACCAUUCCUUGCACCGAAGAUUUCUUCCAAAAUAUAACUUCUCGCUUGAAUGAGCUAUGAAGUAUGGCAUGAAUCUAAGGUUGUAGGAAACCGACAUAGAUUAGUUCAGGAAAUUUUGUACAUUAGGAAUCUUAUUAAAUUGUAAAGAUCCUCUUAUCCAAUGAAAUGAGAAAACAAGUUACUAUUAAAAUG